AUGUUUACUGCUUCGAGAAAAUUUAGUAUAGAAUAUUUAUUAAAUAACAACAAUAAUUUAAAAAAUAAUUUUUGCGGACAAAAAGUUUGUCCGCAAAAAAUUUGCGGACAAAAAAUUUCUAAUAAUAAUUUUCAAUAUUUUACUAAUAAACAACAACAACAAAAUAAUCUCAAAAAAUUGUCAAAAUUACAAAAGAAACGUGUUCUAUGCCAAAAAUGUUCAAAAACAUUUUGUGAUAAAGGAGCAUUAAAAAUACAUAAUAGUGCUGUACAUUUGAAGGAAAUGCACAAGAAUCGUCAUUCAUCAAAUCCAAACCCAAAAUUGCAUUGUGGAAAUAUUCCUUUAUUAAACAAUCCAAAAAUGUGUUGUUCUAUUUUACAGAAAAAUAAUUAUUUGGAUAAACAACAACAGCUACAUAAAGUUAAUUUAAUGAAAAAUGAUACAACAAGCCGAAGACAUCUUUCUUUUACAAAUAAUAUUAGUAAAAUAUCCAAAAAUAAUUAUUUUCAAAAAUUUAAUGAUCUACAGCAACGUCAGCAACAACAUUUAAAUUUUAUAAGAAAACCAAAUUUAAUAGAUAAUUAUUUUAUAAGAGAGCAGCAACAAAAACAGCAACAACAAUUGAUUAAUAUACAAACAUUAUUUUUGUUCCCACAUACGUUUACUAUGUUUAGAAAAAAUCAGAAUUUUGUUUAA